AUGCUUCUGAUUAUAGCUGUGGAUACCCAGAAUGUGAUUUUGUUUCUGUUUUCUGUGGUGGUGGUGUUUGUGCUGUUUCUUGUGGUUCAUGUUUAUAUUAGCGCUUUGUGGCAUUUGGCUAGUGUGGUGUCGGUGCUUGAGCCGGUUUAUGGCCUUGCAGCUAUGAAGAAGAGUUAUGAGCUGCUUAAGGGUCGAACCCAGAUGGCUUUUGGGCUUGUUUUUGGGUAUUUGGCGAUUUGCGGGGUGAUUAGUGGCCUUUUCUCUACAAUUGUGGUUCAUGGAGGGGAUUACGGUGUGCUAUCAAGAAUCCUGGUUGGUGGAUUCUUGGUCGGGGUACUGGUGAUUGUGAAUCUUGUUGGGCUAUUGGUUCAAAGUGUGUUUUACUAUGUGUGCAAGAGCUUUCAUCAUCAAGGAAUUGAUAAGGGUGCCUUGUACGAUCAUCUUGGUGGCUAUCUUGGUGAGUAUGUGCCUCUUAAAAGCAGCAUUCAGAUGGAGAACUUGGACGCUUGA